AUGAUCAAAGAAUUAUUCGUGUACCUCAGUCAAAAAUUUUGGAUAUAUCGGCAUGAAUUACCAGUUAUGAUUAGCGAAUUCAUCUUUGAACGUGAAAAAAUUAUUUCAAUUGUAGAGCAAUUGAACGCUCUGACUCAAAUCACGUCACAAAACCUCAAUUUUGCGGAAAAAGCUUGGACUUCCUGGUUCAAUUCUUUCGAAAAUGAAGCUGUCGCCACCGCUCUAUUAGCUUUUAUAAUGCAUGAAAUUGUUUACUUUGGACGUUGUAUACCCUUUUGGAUUGCAGAUUUUAUACCCUUUUUCCGACAGUACAAGAUUCAAGCUAAUAAAUCUAACACGGUAGCAGAACAUUGGCAAUGUCUUAAAUCUGUUCUUUUUGCACAUUUUUUUGUCGAACUUCCAUUAAUUUUCGGUUUUCAUCCCGUGGCUACAUUGUUUGGAAUGGAAAUAACCACAGUACCAUUCCCUCAUUGGCAAAAAAUGACAUAUCAUGUGGCUGUGUUUUUCGUAUUUGAGGAUACAUUUCACUACUGGUUUCAUCGUUUAUUACAUUACGGUCCUUUUUAUAAGUACAUUCAUAAGCAACAUCAUGAAUAUUCUGCUCCUUUUGGAUUGACAGCUGAAUAUGCUCAUCCGCUCGAAGUAAUUAUCUUGGGCACCGGGACUAUUGGUGGUCCGCUUUUAUGGGUUUCAAUUACUCAUGAUCUUCACCUUCUUACCGUUUUCAUUUGGAUUAGUUUACGUCUGUUUCAAACUAUUGAUGCACAUUCCGGCUAUGAUUUCCCUUGGUCUCUUCGUCAUUUCAUUCCGUUCUGGGCCGGUGCUGAACAUCACGAUUAUCAUCAUUAUGCUUUCGUUAAUUGUUUUUCUACAUCAUUUAGAUGGUGGGAUUAUUUAAUGGGCACUGAUUUAAAGUAUAGAGCUUAUAAACAAAGGAAGGAGGCUGAACUAAAGGCUAAUGGAAAGGCAAAA